GCAUUAUCAAUGAUCGAACGUAUUCGGACACUGAUCGGGAGCGUCCGUUUCCUUUUGCAUGUGCUACGCUCAAUGCGUUCUCCCAAUGACCUAUCGCCAGCACUUUACAUUGGCAGUGGCCAGUUCACUCCUGUUUUUAACAAUCCCUCCUCUACGUUACUCACUGGAUGGUAUCUGGCCUGUCCGAAAAAAAGACGUACCCUUGAAAAGAGAAGAAUACGAAAAUUUUUAUCUUGUACGCUUUUUGCUAUUGCUCGAAUCCACCUCAUUCCUUCUAGUCACUAUGGAUAAAUACCGCCCUCGUACUGAUUUGGUCUCCUGCACCGCUUGUGGACAUUUAAACCCCAUGGGUUUUCUGUGCGUGAAUUGUUACGACAAAGUCCGAGAAGAGACUAAUCGCUUGCGAGCUCUGAUCAGCAACCAGCUUCCUAGUGAUCACGAAAUUCGCUUCGUGUACGAAGAUGAUCCUUCACAAACCGUUUCGUCCAACGACGAAAUCAUCAAGGUCCCUCAUUCUCGUCCAUCUUGGUUUCCCAUCCAUUUCCUGCGACGUUUUCGACCUGCUUCAUGACAAUCUCUGUGUAUUUUUGACACUCAUUUCUAAAAUGCCGCUUGGUCUAAUUCACACUCGAACAAAGUGGUUGCACUUCUGAUUCAA